AACCAUAAUACAGGGCUUUCGCAUCACGAAACUCAAAGGUGCUAAAGAAACUAAGAGACCAUUGUUCUUUCUCCUCUGCUCUGCCUCUCUGUGUUUUCUUUUCUAAACUUUACAUCAAUGGCUACAAGCUUGAACUCUUGCCUCAAGGCUUCAGAAACCAAAACUACUCAUUUCCCUGGCUGGUAUUCACCAGAAACAAGAAUCUAUUCCAGCAAGCAUUCCUCUAUAUCCCUCCCUGCCGAUCCAUUUCUCGACGUUGUUUCUUUCAUUUUCUCUCACCAACAUGGUGGGGUCACUGCUUUGAUUGAUUCUUCAUCUGGGUAUUCAAUAUCUUACUCAAAGCUAUUACCUUUGGUCCAAUCAAUGGCCUCUGGCCUCCACCACCACCUAGGUGUUUCCCAAGGGGAUGUGGUCCUGCUUUUGUUACCGAAUUCUGUUCAUUUCCCCAUUAUUUUCUUGAGCGUUAUAUAUUUGGGUGCAGUUGUUACCACCAUGAAUCCACUGAGUAAUAUGUUGGAGAUCAAGAAACAAAUGGCUGAUUGUGGCGUGCGUUUUGCGUUUACUCAACCUGAAAAGGUUGACGAAUUUCAGAAAUUUGGUGUGCAUUCGAUUGGAGUACCAGAAAACAUGGACCUGGAUUCGGAAAAGAUUGCUUUUUUAACUUUUAGUAAGCUUAUCGGGGGGCAAUUUGGUAAGGCGCCAAGGCCAGUGAUUAGGCAGCAAGACACAGCUGCAAUAAUGUAUUCAUCAGGUACUACAGGUGCUAGUAAGGGAGUUGUAUUAACGCAUGGGAAUUUUAUAGCAAUGACUGAGCUUUUCGUGAGAUUUGAGGCUUCACAGUACGAAUAUUCAAGCUCAAAGAAUGUGUAUUUAGCUGUUCUUCCCAUGUUCCAUAUUUAUGGAUUGUCACUUUUUGUGGUUGGAUUAUUGUCAUUGGGGUCUAGCAUUGUUGUCAUGAGGAGAUUUGAUGCCAAUGAAGUGGUGAAAGUAAUUGAAAAUUAUGGGAUCACUCACUUUCCAGUUGUUCCACCUAUACUGACAAGCUUGACAAUGAGGGCCAAGGGUGUUUGUGAAAAUAGCUUGAGGAGUUUAAAACAGGUUUCCUCUGGUGCUGCUCCUUUAAGCAGGAAAACCAUAGAGGACUUUGUUCAGGCUCUCCCUCAUGUUGAUUUCAUUCAGGGCUAUGGCAUGACUGAAUCAACUGCAGUAGGAACUCGUGGCUUCAACAAUGGAAAAUAUUAUAAACAUUCUUCAAUAGGACUUCUAGCACCAAACAUGCAAGCUAAAGUGGUAGAUUGGAAUUCUGGCUCUUCUCUGCCUCCUGGCUUUUAUGGCGAGCUUUGGCUAAGAGGACCUGCAAUUAUGCAAGGGUACAUGAAUAAUGUUGAGGCCACCAAGAUAACAAUUGACAAGGAUGGUUGGCUCCGUACCGGUGAUAUUGUAUGCUUUGAUGAAGAUGGGUAUUUGUACUUAACAGACCGCUUGAAGGAGAUUAUAAAGUACAAUGGCUAUCAGAUAGCCCCUGCUGAUUUAGAGGCAAUAUUGAUUUCCCAUCCUGAGAUACUAGAUGCCGCUGUAACUUCAGACACCGAUGAAGUAUCUGGUGAGAUUCCUGUGGCAUUCGUGGUGAGGAGGCAUGGUAGCACACUGACCGAGGGUGCUGUCAUUGACUUCGUGGCUAAUCAGGUUGCACCUUAUAAGAAAGUAAGAAGGGUGGUGUUUACAAAAUCAAUUCCAAAGUCUGCGGCAGGAAAGAUCCUUCGAAAAGAACUUAGGAGCGUCUUUAGUUCUAGACUUUGAGAUCUUUGUUCUGGGCAGGGCUGAUUUUAUGCAGCAUUAAUUCUGUCGAGGUAGGAUAUUCUGCUAUAAAGGCAAUUAUGAUUUUGUUUAUCUACAUAAACUGCAGUAAUCUGCUUCUACUUGUAUUAAUCUUGAAGGAUUAGUAUAGUUUAGUGGUUCAUAUGGCAUAAAAGGCCUAUGCUGCAUUUCAGUGUCAUGUAUAAGAUACAUUUUGGGGCCUUGUCUGUCAUUAUUCUAUAUAAAGUUCAAGCCUUGUAUUUUGUCAAAACAUGGUCUUGAUUCAUCCCUUCAAACAUCCAGUUUCUUGAU